AUGGAAGUUACAAAGAAAAGAAUGGUUUAUCAUGAACGUCAAAGAUUGUACUUCUGCGGUCAGCACACGUUAAAUAAUCUAUUUCAAGAUAAAGUUUUCACAAAGGAACAGCUUGACAAUAUCGCUCUAAAAUUGGCCGAAAAAACUAGUUUAGAAAUUUGGACGUGGAGUUCUUAUUUUGUCAAUCCACACAAAAGUCUUUUGGGUAAUUAUGAUGUUAAUGUUUUGGAAAUGGCAUUGAGGGAGAAAGAUUUGGAAGUAAAAUGGUUCGAUGUUAGAAAAGAUAUUCGAUCCGUUAUUCAAUUCGCUGAUAAAUCUCUUUUUGGACUUAUUUUAAACAUUCCAUCAUCACGUUAUUUUUGGACAUCUUAUCACUGGAUUGCUAUUAAACACUUUCAAUAUAACGAGGAACCUGCCGAAGUUUACAAUCUGGAUUCAAAGUUAUACCUCCCUGAAAAAUUCGAAAACUUGGAAAAGGUUUAUAAAUUUCUUGAAUUUGUCUUGUAUAAAAGUGGGAAUAUAUUGCUUGUAAAAAAAGGAGUUGAAUAA